AUGGUCAAGUAUGACAUCCCCACCCUCCUGGACCUUAGGCAAGACGCUCGCAUAGACCUCACCCGAUUCAGUGACCAGGCAUUUGGCAACAACCUGCUUCGACAACGCCAGGCAAGUACAAGUGUGUUGUCUGAACAGCCUGUCAACCGGUCGAGGAAUGCUUCAAAUUACUCCCGCCAGAGCGAAAGAACCCUCUCAAUCAUAGAGCCUGCCGUGCUCCGUCCCUCGCGACAGCCAAGUGAUCCACCACAGGGGGUUCGAGCCCAGACUGAUGCCGGGUUUGCUCGCUUCCUCAAGGAGCAUACGUCCCCGAAGCAUCAGCGCGUCACGGCAGGUGGCCGGAUCGUCCCGAUGGAGCCUUCAUCCCCUACCCCAAAGCCAAAGGAGCUCGUGCCCAGUAAAGAUGUCAAGAUGGAUGAUGAGAUAAUGAGCAAAGUCGCGUCUAAGAAUGAAAACAAGAGCAAGCUCGAGAACAGGCAGCUGCAGCCCACCGACGCCAAUGCAAGUAUCAACAUGCCCAAGGCGGCCUCGCAGCUGGCUGGAAGUCAUGUCAAUCAACCCCUCAUCAUGCAUCCGUCGGGGACCCUUGACCAGCAAUUCUCAGGCUGUGGGCAGAUACCCAAUCUUCUGUCAGCUGCAGCUACCACCGGUAUUUUUUCGCAGCCUAACCUUCCUUGGUCCCUGGAUAAUCAACAACUGCCUCAACUCGGGCUCCAAGUCCCUGAUAUCACUCUGUCAGCGGCCUCGGAUUACGGCAUGUAUAACUUCGGGGCAGAUCCAUACACAUGGCUUCCCAACAUGUAUCAAGCUUUGAAUACCCAGGGCCCUAUCGCCCCCUCCAUGCCAACAGUCCAGCCGUAUCCAACAGUCACCACGUCCUCCGACUUCUCGACCGGGAGCAACACCAGCAGUGGCGGGGCGGCUUCGAUAUUUAGCCAGUUUCCCACCGGAUACGAGUCCGUGUACCCUUCUCUUGGGCUCCAGUGGCAACAAUACACGGGUGGACAGGUCCCGCUUCUCACUCCCCCAGUGGUGCCUAGCCCUCUUCAGACGCCAACAUAUCAGAAGUCUCUGGAGGAUGCUGCCAAGGAGCACGAGUCUCUGACGGGCCAGCUUUCUCGCAUCGAUAGGUACAUGGCAAUACACAGCUGGGAUCUCGACCAGCAGUCGAAGAACCUGUUAGUCGAACAGCGAAUGAGUUUGGUCCGGGAGUUGGACGCAGUUAGGAUCUAUAGGGAACAUCUGGAGUGGGCUUCUGGACGGUUUGGUACAAGCGCUUCCUUGCGGCACAAUGUGAUGAAUCCGGCCACAGCCCCAGCAAAUAUGUAUGCUGCCAACAGUCUCGCGGGCAGUCAGACGCUGCUGGGCCCCGGUCUGUGUGCAGCCAGUUCGAGCUGUACAGCUCCAACAUUCCCUAUGUUUCCCCUGAUGAACGCACUUUCUCAACCACUGACAAUGAGUGAGCCAAUGAAUGCUGCUGCUGCUCCAUUCCAUGCCACGGUGGACACUCAUCCAUAUGAAAAUAACACUUUCCAAGCGGAGGCGUGUGCAAGCCGCACAUCAUUUAGAGAGGCCGGGUUGAAACCUCCACGCGCGGUGGGAACAUGUGCCGAACCCCUGCGGUCUGACAAAGAAGUCCAGACGCUUAGCGAGGCGAAGCCAAUAUCCAGGGAUAAACCUGUUGCGGGAUGGAAAACGCCUACCAAGGAUGGGCCUCCAGAGCUUCGAAAGGUGUAUGAUCAAAUCGAGGAGGCGGUCCGUCGUGGCGAACCGCUUGGCGGACUGCUAAAGGAUCUAUCGGCUGCCACAUCCCAGCUCGUUAAAGAGAGAGUGAGCGAGAAGGAAGAGCGGUACGGCUCGCUUCGAUCGCCAUCAAGCAAGCCUGGUAAACCACAUGCCAAGGCUCAUACCGGUAGUGAGGCGUAUGCGUUGAAAGGGAUCUCUGACAGACACGAAGCGUAUGCACCUUUCGCGCGCCCCUCCAGGAAGCUCUGGAAAUCCGGAAACGAUUUGCGGCGGCCCAUCCAUGGCAAGAACAGACCGUUUGGAGUCGAGGAUGAGGAUGAUGUCAAAUCCACUUCAUCAUACCUAUCAACGACGGAUUCAUGGGCCACUAUCCAUGAAGGCGACCGCUGCCUUGACAAGCUGGCACCAGAGGGCAAAGGAAAGGGAGUGUGUCGAGAUGUGUUGCCUGAAAGGAGACCACGCGACCCGUUCGAGCGUCCUACCGUAUCUGCCGAAGCCCUCCGGUCCACUAUUCGACGGACUGGGGCCCAGAACCUCAGUGUAACGGGCGAGCUUGCGGCCUACAAGCCACGCAGUUCUGCAACCUUGAUGGGCUCGAACAACUCAGGGAGGCAGACGAGCGUGGAGGAGAUGAGACAGCCGUACCCCCAGCUCCUCACGCAAUACUUCAACAAGGAUCGGGGCCUAGCCUUUCAGAAGACAGCGGCCUUGGCUGUCUCGCAGAAUGUGAAUGCACAUGGGUUUCUGCCCCCCUUCGAAGGCGUGGGGAAUGCGCCCCAAUCACGGCGAAAGGCGAAGGAAUGCGCUGAGCCCUAGCCAGAGCGAGCCAUCUGGGGAGAGCGAUGACGGAGUGCGGUCGAGCGAGGCACCGGCGGGGCUUCAUUUUCCCUUUCGAUGCCACGCCCUGAGACUGAGACAUGCGAACGGGGGAGCAGCAUUCAUUCACACGCGAACCGGCGGUGAGUUGACGGGCGAGGCCUGGUCGACGGACGUUGGGGACAAGUUGUUGGAGUUAG